AUGGGUAAGGGUACUCCUUCAUUCGGUAAGCGUCACAACAAGUCCCACACUUUGUGUAACAGAUGUGGUCGUCGUUCUUUCCACGUCCAAAAGAAGACCUGUUCUGCCUGUGGUUAUCCAGCUGCUAAGACUAGAUCUUACAACUGGGGUGCUAAGGCUAAGAGAAGACACACCACUGGUACCGGUAGAAUGAGAUACUUGAAGAACGUCUCUAGAAGAUUCAAGAACGGUUUCCAAUCUGGUGUUGCUGCUAAGGCUUCUGCUUAA